CGCACACUCGACCUCCGCUGCUCGCUUCCGCUCGGCUGUAACAAAUGAUCCGUAUCGGCUAACUCCCAUCGACAAAACCUCGAACGACAAUAACCCAAUCCACCACGUCCAUGGCAGAUAUCCUUUUCUCUUUUAGUAACCCCACCACUCUUUAAAAAUUCCGCCUAAAAAGAAAAAGCGUUCUGUCCCCUCUUUUGGGUUUUCAGCAGACGUGUAUAACAACUAUCCAGAGGAUCUAGGGGCAGCUCUAUACCGAGAGCCAUUUGACUUCAACGCCGAGCCACCUUGGGAUCCUAGCUGAUAGUGGACGAGUUCAUCCCAGGACUCAUCCAUUUUGUUGCAUAAGUCUAGGACCCCAGGGGCUCGAGAGGGAGCGAGCAAGACCACUUUGGACAAGCCACAUUCUUUAUGCCUGUUGGAUUAGAAGAAACCGCUUGAGAGGAUGAAAGGAAUUGCUGAUGAACCACAGUAUUCUGUUGGCUUGCUGGAGGGAGGCACAGCCCUCUGUGAUGUGAUUGACAAUCACAUUUAUGAACAAACUCUGUCUGAGAAGAAUGCGUUCUUUGUAGCAGACCUGGGAGUUAUAAUGAGGCAGCACGUUCGCUGGCGAACCCACAUGGCCCAAAUUCGACCCUACUAUGCUGUCAGAUGCAACAGCAGUCCAACUGUUAUUGAAGUUCUUGCUGCCCUCGGAACUGGAUUCAUUUGCACCAACAAGUCUGAGCUUGAGCUUGUGCAGAGCCAUGGUAUUGCCUCUGAAGAUAUCAUCUACGGCGGUGUUUGCAAACAAGUGUCCCAGAUUAAAUACGCUGCAAAGAAUGGCAUUGACCUCUUGGUGUGUGAUAACGAAGCAGAGCUUCGCAAGAUUUCUCGCUGCCACCCCAAUGCCAAGCUGCUACUACAGGUUUCAACAGAAGCAUCUAGCCAGGAUGAUGAGAUGAGCAUGACUUUUGGCUGCUCCCUCAAGGACUGCAGGCACCUGCUGGAGAGGGCUAAGGAGUUGGGUGUGCAAGUGGUUGGGGUCAGGUCUCACAUUUCCAGCUCCUGUGAGGAUGACCAGGUGUACAUUCACGCCAUAUCUGAUGCCCGCUGUGUCUUUGAUAUGGGAGAGGAAAUUGGCUUCAACAUGAAAAUCCUGGACAUUGGAGGAGGCUUCAGUGGCUCUGAGACUCAGCUGGAACUGAUCAAUAGUGCAGUCAUGUCCAUGGUGGACCUAUACUUUCCUCCUUGUACUGGAGUUUCCAUCAUUGCAGAGCCUGGCGCCUUCUUUGUGUCCUCUGCUUUCACCCUGGCUGUGAAUAUCAUCUCCAAGGAGGUGGUGGCACGGGAUUGCCAGGACCAGGCACAUGAUGAUCCGUCUCCCAACGAUGAGCCAGAGUUCCAGUAUUACAUGAACGAGGGAGUGUAUGGAUCAUUCGCCAGCAAACUCGCUGAAACACUGAUUGCUGCUCCAUCUGUUCACAAGCAGAACACAUCCCUGGAUGCUCCAGUGUUCAGCAGCAGCCUGCGGGGUCCCUCUGGGGAUGACCUGGACCAGGUAGUGGAGCACUGUCUGUUGCCUGAGCUCAACAUCGGAGACUGGCUCAUGUUCACCCAAGCAGGGGCCUACAGCCUGGGUCAGCCACUCUGCACCGCCACUGACUCACCACCACCCCCUGUGUACUAUGUCAUCUCCUCGAGAGACUGGUUUGAGAUGCAGGACACUGGUGUCACCCAUGAGGCUACACUGAAGAACUUCUCAUUGGUCCCUUAUUUCCUCAAUUCCUGCCAAACAGAGGCUGCGCUGUCUGUCCCAGCUUAGCAAUUCACUAGACCAGGAAGACUUUUUUCUUUCCUUUACUGGUUUCUGCUGCUAGCUUUCUCUGGCCUACAUUCCAAUGGGAUGAACUGAACCGACUGUGCAGAUAGUGCUUAAAAUCACUGGGACCAGACUGAAUACAUCUCCCAAACCCCAAUGUAUAGUAAGUGAUUAGACCUGGAAAUCCCAAACUCAUAUUAAUUUGUAUGCAACAAAAUGGAUGAGUCCAAAAAGACAGAUGCAUUCUUCCCUUUGCUUUGGGCAUCCCAUGGCACUACAGUUUACACUCAUGCAGUAGACAAAAUGAUUUUAAAUGAUUAUAUUUGACAAAUGUAUUAUCUAUAUCGCCAUUGCUGUUGCCAGUCUUGUAAAGUAAGAUGUGUAUUCCUGAGUAAAGCAGUGUAUUUAAACAGAAACACAGUUCUGAGAUGUUGUAGGCUGCUUUGCUACAAGAUGUGUAUUUAUGAUUUCAAUUGAUUGUAUAGUUUAUUUUGUGUGAUUUUGAUUUCAUUAUAACAUUUAAAAUCAGUUGUCCUCCUCAGUGUUUUGAAUGGAAACUUGCAUAUGGAGGUGCAUUUACUCACCUGUCCGAUGCAGUAAAUGAAGCCAGUGUGAUCAAUGUGCAGCGUCUCUAAGAAGUCCACUCCUGGAAAAAAGUGCAGUCUGCUCUGGUGUUGGUUGGGAAGCUAAUGGCUCAGUGUUCACCGGUAAACUGGUGUUUCAGUGUUUUUCUAAAGUGCUGAGUAGUUUGCUUGGACCAGCAGGUAUCUGCUAUGCCACGACAUAGCAAAGCAGGUUUAUUAUACCGCAUGUGCUGCAGAUGGAUCAAGGGAAGUGUUGAUGGGUAACGAAUCAGCUGACAUGGAGCAGGGGCUUUUUUAAAAAAUAAACAAAAAAAACAAUCAUUUAUCGUGCUCAAAGCCUUUUUUGCUGUUUCUAUAUAUUUCUAUUGAAUUUAUUCAAAAGCUAUUUUUUCAAUAUUCGUGACUGUUGAAAGAAUAGCAUUUCCCAACUGUGCAAGUGUCCUUGCAGAGUCUGUGUCAUAUAUUUGAAGUCGUCUCCCCUUUGUCUAAGGCAUGGUGAAUUUUUGGGCAUUUGCCUGUUUAAAAACUUUUAUCUGUGCUUGCCAACUUGAACAGUAAUAAACACUUGACUGGACUGUGA